AUGGAGGGCAACGAGAUGAGCAUGGCCUUCGAGAACAGGCUGUUCAACAGGAGGGUGGGGUUGGGCGGAGUGGCAAGGAUGGGCUGCACCCUGGUCACCGGGUUCCUGGGCAGCGGCAAGACCACCCUCCUCCGCCACCUCCUCCGCCACCGCGGGGACCUCCGCCUUGCGGUACUCGUCAACGAAUUCGCCGACUUUGACGUCGAUUCCAUUCUCCUCGAUUCCGAUCGCCUCAACAAGGCUUUCAAUCUCCCUUCUGUCUCUUUCACCCUCGGUGAGGCUACUUUCGUUCAAUUCUCGUGGAACUGAAGAGUGUGUUUCUUUCUUUUCCCUCAUCCGUGGAGUUUGUUUGUGAAGGUUGCGGAAGCCGCGACGUGAUGGGGUCCUUCAGGGAAGUUCUGCGGGGGAUCGUUGACAGCAAGCAAAAUUUCGAUUGCCUGCUCAUCGAGGUCUUUCUCUUGCCUUCAAUUUCCUCUCAUUUUGCUAUUAAGACCUGUACUGUGAAGGAUUUAGUGCAAAUCGUUACAAUGUUAUCGUCUGAACUUUCGUAUGUUACUAUAGUUUGAAUGUAAUACAUAUGCGAUCAACUUCAACUGUUACUGUAAUGGUUAUUGCGUUCAUUUGCUCUUAUUUUUUUGUUACUUCUAUUAUGUAUUCGAUUAAAACGUCUUCUCUGCAUUUUUUAUCCAUCAUGGUAUGGCGGGUUUAAUGUGGAAUAGUGUAAGCGGGAUUCGUUGAAUCCUAUUCAUACAUUGUGUUUGCGUUGCUGGCAUCAAAUAGCCAAUGGAUAUUCUCUGUAAGAAAAUAUUUAGAAUUUCUAGUUGCUAAUAAUCCAUAUUUAAAAUUUUGAGUUUGUGUCUGAAAUGUAGAUGUCUAAAGCUUAGAACUGCAUUGGAAGAGUGAAGUAUCAAUGUUAUAAACAAUAUGGAUGAACAAAUGGGCUAAUUACAAUUUUUGAGAUUUCCUGUGCGUCAUACUCCGAUUCUCCAUGCAUCAGUAUUAUUUUUCCUUUAUGUUCUAAACAGAAAAUUAUUUUCCUAGACCUCUGGGCUGGCAAGGCCAGAUAGUUUUUUGACAACGCUGGAGGAGGUGGGGAUACAUCUAGAUAUGACUGUUGCAGUUGUGGAUGCUGAGUCACUAGACACCGUCAUAAAGAUGGACAUUGCAAAGAAACAAUUGCAACAUGUGGAUCUUAUAUUACUGAACAAGUACGUUACUUAUCCUGGCAUCCUCUUGUCUUAUGUAAAAUUCAUGACAUGCUUCUAUGAUUUACUUGUGUCAACUGUCUAAAGUCAGAAUUGUGCUGGAAGAUAGUGUAAUGAUUUAUUUUUCCUUCUUUUGUGAAAAUUUAGAUUUAUUGAUUUCCAUAGGUCGUUUCAUCUAUUCUUAUCAUGCUGAUGAAUUUCAAUGGUCAUUGUAUUAUUCCCUGGCACACUGAAACAUCCAUCUUGCUGGCUACAGGGGAGCUGCAGCAGAAAAGGAGGAUAGUCAUGUUACCCCAAUUCAGGACUAGGGAAAUAGAGUAGGGAAUUUCUGAAAAAUCAAAGGAGGUCGCAGUGAAGCCUAUCUAUUUCAGACCUGAUGAUGGGAUGUUAGAGUGGAAAGAAAUUGAGUUGGCAGUCUGAUAGGGUCCCAAUUUCCUUACAGAAAUUGAAGUUUAUUGAAUAUAAAAAAACAACAACAAGAACAAAAUGUGAAGUAGAAAGAUGAAGGAAGAGAUAGAUUAGAUGAAAUCGAAUACAAUUGCCUUAGAUCUAGGUUAAUAGUAGGCUUCCUCUUGACUUCCCAAGGAGUCGAAUUGAUUCUCCAAAAGUGUCUUAUCCCCUCCCCCUUUCCUUUAUUUAUACCCUUUUUAUUCAGAGGUAACGCCUGCGCCUUCUCUAGGAGGUUCUUAUUAUUCCGCUCAUCAGUUAGGAGCCCCCUAAAAUCUCACCUCCAGCUGGACUAGGGCCUUCCUCCUUCUUAGGUAAGUGUGUAGAGAUGUAUCACAGUCUUGUGUAGAUUAGGCGAAGAACCUCUGGAUGACUACCCUAUUUUUUAAAUUAUAAGUGAAAAAAAAGCUUAUGCCAUCAAGAAUGUGGAAAAAUCAGAGGCAAAAGUUAAUUUUGUCUAAGACAAGAAAAAAUGUGGUGAGUUUCUUACAAUCUUGUCAGUCUUUAUCUUUUUGUUUAAAUUGAGAUUCUUGGAGAAAGAAUUUUCAGGACUUUUACGGUGUUCCUUGGAAAUUUCACUUUUUAAUCUUCUGAUGAAGGAAUAAGUUCGUUACUAAAGAUCUUGACAAGUUGGAUUCUAGUUUAUAGAACUGGCUAACUUAAAGACCUUACUGACAGAGCAUGCCAUAUAGAAAGAGUUGACUUGCCAGCUGGGACAAAUUAAAGACUUUAUUAGUCAGGCACAAUGAGCUGAACCUAACUUUCUUGCUAUUCUUUCUAUAAUAGUAAAAUUCUAUCAUAAAAUGUUAAGCUAACUAUUUGAUAAAAGCUGUUGUUGAAGUUAUCAUUGUAAGGUUAUAAGAAGAAUAGUUUUUCAUAGAGUUUGAUGAUUUUUUUCUCUUUAUCACUGCCUUGGUUGCCGCCUCAACCUGAUGUCAAGAACAUCCUAAGAACCAUAGGUCUCCUCCUUAUCUCAUGAGUAAUGUCUCUGUUAGAUUCUCCGGUCGAAAUACGGGAAAACCCCAUUCAAUUCUCGAUGGAAACGGAGUUUUGCGACGGACUUCUAGAAUUCAAGUUUAUUGAAUAUCAAUAAAGCAAAAGGCAUAAUUAGGCCAAUAAGACUGAUGAUCGCAAGUAUUGCAGAUACCACCGGAUCAUAAGUCAUGAUAUACAGGAUUGUUUCGUCCUAAAGAAGAAGAUUAAAAGUUCGCUCUUCAUGGGCUAAUGACAGGACGGACUCUCUUGUGAAGGAGGAAAAAACAAAGAGAAGAUUUGAGAGCCGUCUCCAUAAAGCUGUUCAUGGGGGCUGCAGGUUCUGCUUGUACUGAAAUAGCAACAGGUUUAAGGCAAAGAGAGGCCAGGCAGUGACAACCUCUCAAUUGGCAUUGGUUGUCCAGCGGUAAAAGUAAACACUUUAUCCUUGCGAACAUGACCACAUCCUGGAGCUUCCCCUUAAAUUUCACAGGUUUUGCUUGCCCACAAUUGGGCUUAGUAUGAAUCAAUUGAUGGUUCUUUUCGUUUCCGUGUUGUUUUUACAUGCCAUGAACUUUCUUAUUUAAGACGUGCUGUGGCCUCAACUAACAAAGCUUGAGAAAAAUCACAAACCAGAAAGAUAUAACUAACCGUGAGAAGAUAGGAGAAGGAGAAUGAGAGUGCUUCUUUAUCAGAAAGAUGGAACUAACAGUGAUAAGAGAGGAGAAGGAGAACUGUUUGGAAUGUAGAACAAAUCUAUGAAGAAACUCCCUUUGUCCUUACUCGGAUUAAAAUUGGUUCUCAUAUAUUCGAUGAAUAUAUUAGUCACAUUCCUAAUUCAUCCUAUGUCAUUGUUAACAUACACCUGACGAAGGAUAUUCUUUUGUCAGAAAUGUUGAACGAACAUUGACUUCAGUUGGCGUGAAGAUCCUGGUUUGAACAUGAGAAAAACAAUGUUUCAACUAGGAAGAACCAAAUGAAAAAAUAAACUGGAUCCUGUUAUUACCAAAUGACGUUCUAGAAGAAUGUUAUUUUACAUGUUUUGUGUUGUAUUAAAUUCAAUAAGCAUCUUUGGCUAUUAAUUGCUUCUAUAUGGUGUACCUUGGUCGAAACAAAGUGCUUCUGUCUUAAAUUGAAGAUGAAGGGCUGUUUGUCUAGGAAAGGUCAAAUAGAAAAACUUAUCUAUUAGUAUUUUAUUUUCUCGUUUCCAUGCCCUUUGCUUUAAGAUUUGGUUUUAUGCAUUUGUCUUUGUCCAUCUUGGUAGUUCAGACUUCUGUGAAUGUUUUGCUAUUCACUUUAUCAGUUUACAUUUGCACUUGUAGUUCAGAGAUUGUCUGGGGAUUUAUUUUUAGUUACAUGCGACAUGACAUAUCUAAAUUAUAUAAACCUGCGUGUUGUUAAUUCCUGGAGGUGCUUUUGAAUUAUUUGUGUUCAGUGCACAUUUCCCACAUUUAUCAGUAGAUUAUUCUAUUGAUAAAAUUUAUUGUCUCUUUCCAUAAUUCGAGUUUGUGGACAAAAGUGUGCUGUUUUAUGUUAAUCCUAUCUUCUUUUAUACAUUUUAGAUGUGACUUGGCUACACUUAGUCAGAUCUCUGAUGCAGAAGACACCCUGGAAGCUCUAACCGGAGGUGCAAAGAUAAUACGCACCCAGUUUUGUAGAGUUCCGUUAGAACUUGUAAUUGAUUGCAGUAAAACAGAAUCAUUGAGCAGAAGCAAGGAAUACACUGCAGAUAUACCUUUUCUUUCCCAUGAAUCUUUGUCUAAGACAACUUUCCAGGAAGAUGCACGUGGAAAUGCAUCUGUAGGUAUUUCGUCUGUGGUCAACGCAGAUAAGCAUCCAGAAUCACGGCAAGGAACUUCAGAAGACCUGCAAACUGGUAAAAUCAUCUUAUUAUUUUAUGUUGUUAAUAAAGUCUCAUUUCUGGCAAGUCAGUGAAUGGAUUUAUUGCAUUUUUCUGUUUGCUGGUGAGCAACAAGUCACAAUAUAUAUAUUUUUUCAAUUAUGGUUUAUCACACUCACUUUAUUAAAAUGAAGAUGACUAUAUGAGGUGUACUACAUGUGAGGUCACUUAAUUUACAUUUUCCAGCCAGAGGUUGUUGCUGGUUGACCUACAGAGGAAGUAGAGAAAUGCAACAAUGAACAAGAAGGAAUAGAAAAAGAAACUUGUGGCAGGAGUUACCAAAUUAGUAAGUAGGAAGAUAGAUGUUUGCAUGAGCCAAGUGAGUCAUUGGAGUCAGGGAGAGGUUGGCUUGGAGGACACUUGAUGGAAGAAGCUAUGAUGAUUGUGUGUGUAGAAACAGGACAAUGAUCACUAUUCUUGAUAAUGGUGGGUUGCUGCGAAGUUAUUCUGAAUCUGGAAUUAAUGACCAGUUGGGACUGAAUUUUAUUGGGUUGAUGCAAGCAAUUCGGCCCAUUUUGUUUUAUCGAGUACAUCCAGUUUAAUCCUUUUUGCUUCCAAUGAGGGGAUGAAACCCUAAUUUGUUGGCAGAGUCAGCUAUGGCAGAAGAUGAGACUCUGGUGGCCGAAGAGGAGGGUAAACGUUUAAAUUGCAGAAGGGAGGACACUCCUGUAGCUACCUCUGAGAAGUUUUACUCUAUAGCUGUGUAUGCGACUGUGAUCCCUCACCCUGUAGAGUAG